UACUUCAGUAGCAGAGUCUCAGUCGAGCGAAUCACAGUCAAAAUGCCUCUUAUCCCAGACGAGAAUAGAUUCCUAUUUAUAAAAGUAUUAGUAUCGGUAUUCGUCUUUAUUUUGAUAGCACUUAUAAUUUUCGGUCUUGAAUAUUUGGACCCAUAAAUGUAAUCAAUUUCAACUUGCAUUAUCAACGGAGUGGGCUCCGACGUCAACGCUCAAUCAAGCCGCCAGAAUUUGAAGGAAAUCUUAGUACGAAGUCGAGGACUUGAAAACAAUAGGAAAGUGGCUUCGAAAAAUUAAGACUGCAGUGAGCUCCAAAAGAGAACGCAAAAGGUCUAAACGGAGCGAGUCUUGGAGCGAAAAUGAAUCCACUGAAAAAGUGAAUGAGCUGGUUCAACAAAUGAACGAGCUGCUUCGAGAGAUUAACCCUAGCGACAAUAACCGGGCACCUACAAUAACCGAGUCUUUGCACGAAAAUCGAAUGGAUUCGAGCGAAACAGCAGCGAAAGAAAAAGAGCAGGAGCGAUUCGUGGAAACGAAAAAUGCUCUCAGCCCCCUAUCCGCGUUGCAAUUAAAAAGCUGUCUCGAGUACGCAAAAAUCAAAGGACCGAAAGAAGCCGUCUUCGUCAUCGACGUGGCCACAGGAAAGUGGACGCCGCUCGUCCCGUCGGAGUCAAAGACGCUUAAGAGGAAGUUAAGUUGGUUGUUACCGCCCAAGAAGUCGAUAAAGCCCGCGAAUCAGGACCCGAAGCCACUGACGUCGCCGUUGGCGAAUCCAACGGUGACGGUCUUUCCGUUCUUACAGUCGAGGCGCUGAAAUCGCGCCUUACGACUAUGGCGAUCUCCCGCGGCGACGAGCCAAAGACGCUCGAUGAUCGGUUCGAAUCUACGAGAUCGCGAUUUCUUCCUAUCGACGACAAUACCUCGUUAAGCUGUCUUUUUAUUUAGAUUUAUUUCAUUUUUAUGAUACUAUACAAAUAUUAAUUAUAAAUUAUAUUUUACGCAACUAUAUCAAACACGUUAAUACUGUAAAAAUUAACUAUUUUUUUUAUACAAGUGAGUUAAAAAUAAAACGUAACCACAUGGUGAUAUUCACAAGAAA